GCACUUUACUCAGGCAGGGAGGCGGACUGUGCGAGGAGGAAGUGGCUGGAAGCCGUGCGGCCACCCGGGUGGGAUGGAGGCGGCAGCAGAGCCUGGAAACCUGGCCGGCGUCCGGCACAUCAUCCUCGUUCUCUCGGGAAAGGGGGGUGUUGGGAAAAGCACCAUCUCCACGGAGCUGGCCCUGGCCCUGCGCCACGCAGGCAAGAAGGUGGGUAUCCUCGACGUGGACCUGUGUGGCCCCAGCAUCCCCCGCAUGCUCCGGGUGCAGGGCAAGGCUGUGCAUCAGUGCGACAGUGGCUGGGUGCCUGUCUUCGUGGACCAGGAGCAGAGCAUCUCCCUCAUGUCUGUGGGCUUCCUGCUAGAGAAGCCGGAUGAGGCAGUGGUGUGGAGAGGCCCCAAGAAGAAUGCACUGAUAAAGCAGUUUGUGUCCGAUGUGGCCUGGGGGCAGCUGGACUACCUGGUUGUGGACACGCCCCCGGGGACCUCUGAUGAGCACAUGGCCGUGGUGGACGCCCUGCGCCCCUACAGCCCCCUGGGGGCCCUCGUGGUCACCACACCCCAGGCAGUGUCCGUGGGGGACGUGAGGCGGGAGCUGACCUUCUGUAAGAAGGUGGGGUUGCGGGUGAUCGGGGUCGUGGAGAACAUGAGCGGCUUCGUCUGCCCACACUGCGAGGAGUGCACCAACAUCUUCUCCAGGGGAGGCGGCGAGGAGCUGGCCAGACACGCUGGAGUCCCCUUCCUGGGCUCUGUGCCCCUGGACCCCGAGCUCACGCGGAGCCUGGAGGAGGGCCGAGACUUCAUCCAGGGGUUCCCCGAGAGCCCCGCGUUUCCCGCGCUCUCCUGCGUAGCCCAAAAGAUUCUGAACGAGGCGCCUGUUGGACUUUCCUGACCGAGGCAGUUUGAGUGUCUCCUCUGUGUGCUGUGGGGCUCGUGCUCACAGCCCAGAGCAGAGGUGGCAGCACGGUUCCUGGAACCCGUGGCCCUGGGCUGCCGUCACCAUGUGCUCCUCUCCCCGUGGGCCUGCCCUGGACAUUUCUGGUGCUUCAGCAGCAUCUCAGCAUCAGAGCCACUGACAGUCGGUGGUUCCGCCUGGUUGGCCUGUGGCAGGGUCCGGGGAUAGCGUGAGGUCGCGAUGCCGUGGCCUGACCUCCCUGGUGGUGCAGCUUGGUACUUACAUGCCCCAGACAGACUGGCUGCUCCCGACAGCCAAGUCUCCACGUUGUUCACAAAGCUUGUGUGUCUGGGAGCGCACUGGGCCUAUAAUCCUGGUGAAACAGGCAGCAGCACCCAGUAAGGUGUCAAACUUGUAAUUCAGAGGAGCCCAAAAUAAACGCGUCCCACCGCCGUGGUUA